CAUCCGGCGCCACAGAAAGAACAAAGCCAGCGAGUCUGAGAAAGCGGAAUGGGCUGCUGAUAGCGGGGAGGGCGAGCAAGCCAAGAAAACUCAAGGGGCGGGGGCUGAAACGCAACGAGCUUCUGAGGAGGAGAGUCCAAGGGGCACCUCUCUCCCGGCACCAUGUGCAGGGAGCUUGGGUGGUAGCUGUUCACUCAGCCCAACGACCAACCUGGGAGAAACCACCGACUGGGUCAUGGCUGGUCAGAGCAACUCAGAGGGAGAUGCAGCAACGGUACCUGUGGGCAAAGAUGAUAUUCUAGAUGUGAAAUUAGACUCAGAGACUGUUAUCUGUGUCGGCUCACCCUAUGAGAGUCUCCCUGACGCGCACCAUCCUGACUUCCCGGACAACGACCCUCCUUCAGUACACUCCGGAGACCAGCUCAGUUUGAUCUUUGGAGAUGUUACUUCCCUUAAAAGUUUUGAUUCCCUCACUGGGUGUGGAGACAUAAUUGCUGAGCCAGAUAUCGACAGCAUUGCUGAGAGCACGAUCUCCGUGGAGCGCAGUAGAGAUGCUGCCAAGAGGAGCUCCUGCCUUGUCACUUACCAGGGUGGGGGAGAGGAGAUGGCCACACAGGAGGAGAUAGAAGAGUACCUCCAGCAGUUGUGGGAUGGCACUCCUGAUGCAGACAGCAGCUAUGAAGCUAGACUGCCCCAGCGUAUGAACAGUCCUAAGCUGCAGGGAGUGACUAACAAGCUAGAGACAUGCAGCUUGCGGGAGAAGCCAGCCCAUCUGUAUGCUGGAGGUGUGAUGGAUGAUGUAGAGCUCUUAACCCCGCCCAGUGACCAGCAAGAAUCUGCACCUAAUAGUGAUGAGGGUUAUUAUGACUCCACCACACCAGGGCCAGAGGAUGAACUUGGGGAAAUCAAGAAAGACCGUCUCCCAAGAGACAGUUACAGUGGUGAUGCACUUUAUGAAUUUUAUGAGCCUGAUGACACCCUGAUGAGCCCAUCUCUUGGGGACGAAUCCUUAUUUGAAAGCAAAGCAUCUCAUCCAGAGAUCUUCAGCUGCUUCUUAGACUUCGUUGUUCCUGCCAAGAAGAACCUUAUUCAGAUGAUGGGGCAGAGCAGUGGAGUGAUGGAGACUGAGGAAGAGAGGCUAGCUGCCAUUCAGAAACAGCUGCUGUACUGGGAGCUUCGGAGGGAACCAGUUUCAAAACAUCUGGAUGCCCCCAGCAAAGAGAAAUGUCCCAGGGACAAGCAAUACAUUGAAUGUAAUACUAGAGCAGCCAAAUUAAUUGGCAAAAAUCAAAGUUGCCUUGGUAGUGAGCAAGUUGCUUCUUCAGUUUUAAGCAGAAGUGUAGAUGCUGGGAUUUCAGUGUCCAGACUGGAAAAUCCUGAGUGGAGGGACUUUCAAGGGACACAGUGUCCAGAAAAGUAUUACAAUGGCCAAAAAGCCCAAGGAAGUUGCCUUAUUCAGCUCAUGAAAAACAAUUCUGUGUUUGAUUCUGAUUUGGAUAACGGAGUGUUUGCGGGACUAAGUAGCGUAGUCCCAGCCAAAACUAUGACCGGGGCUUACCCCAACUACAGAACACAUGACCAUGAUAGCUGUUUGCAAAAUGAACACCACAGCAGAGUGGAAAACAGCUUCAGGGAACCUCAGACAGAAAGCGAAUGUGAGCCCGAGCAUGCUGUUAACUUCUCUCAGGCGCUGGUUGAGUUCACUAGCAGCGGCACUCUCUUCUCCAGCCUCUCUGAAAGCCUUGGUAGCUCGGACUCGGGUUCUUCCUUCACUCAAAACCUUUCCGUCCUUCCAACCAUGGUCACUUUUGACAUAGUGGAUGUGGAGCAGGAAGGCGAAGGAGAAUGUGAGCAGCAUCUGGAGAUGAAUGCUGACGAGGACAUUGCUGCAUCCUUUGAGGCCUUCGAUGACAGCUAUGUGCAAAAGGAGUCCUUUGCCGAAUGUGAUGAACGAAUGUUCUCGGGGUAUAACCAAGACUCUUUCCAGAGCUGUAACUGGGGUGUUGGCAGCCUUCCCCGUCACUUGCGCUUGCACGGCUUGAGCCCCUCCAUGCCAGCACCACUCUCCAUCAACAGAAGGAGCAGAUCACUUGACACGGAGAGCUUGGAGUUGGAGCUUGCAGAUAUGCCUUUCUCCAAGAAUGGCCUUAAGCCUUGUCAGCACUGGUCUAAACAGGACAGUGGCAAAAAGGACUCUGUGCCUAGGCUGAGCAGAAGCAAAGAGAGCAUUCCACAGUCUCCUUCUGAAGGAGGAGAAGCUGAUGGCGUCCUUACUUGGCCAGAGUUGCAGCAUGCAGAGUACAAAGCUGAGCUUCCCUCAGGGGGAGAGAAGCAGUGGGGCUGCACUCCGACUGCAAGGGCUACUGUCAUCGGAGGCAACUGGGAUGCAUCUGAGCAUUCAGAAGUGGAUUCCCCUUAUGUGUCUCUUGCAUGGAACAAAAUGCCCCAGGAUACGGGGGGCAGUAAUCUAAUGCUGCAGACUCCUAGACACCUGGUCAGACCAUCCAAUUUACCUCUGCAGACUGAUACCAGGCAGGCCCAAGAAAUGUCUAGCUCCUACAGGUAUCCUAGAGAAAAUAUGGCCAAAAAGAUGGCUCGUGUGCUACCUUUGGGAGAAAAAGGGGCUGACUUACCUCAGAGUUUCGCUUUCACUCAGUCCCCUGACAAACCAGAAAAGUGCAAACCUAUUGGCAUCACACAAGGAACACUCCAGUCUCACAGUGGCACUGAGACCUUAAAACCCACAGCCUUCUUUGCUGAGUGUUAUGGAAGCUCCAGUACAGACCUGCUGAAAGGGGGACCCACACAUGGGAACAUGCUGCCUGUUAGCUGUCAAAGCACUACAGUGAAUGUAACAAUAGCCAAAUAGCUAAUCCUGGAGGGGAGAAGGAAGGCAACCAAGGGUUAACUUUCAGGGAGACAUGGGGUGGUGGGAGGGGGAAGCUAUAUUUCAACAAGUGGUUUUCAUUUAGAAUUGGUCCGACAAAGAUGAACUCUUCUCUCUUGCAGUUGCAGUCGGGAACAGUAUGUAGUCACUCAAAAUGCUGGUGGUGUUCUGCACUGCUGUGGGUGCUCUGUUGUGGUUAGGCCACUUCCUAGUUUCAUAGACGAAAGCUUGAGGCAGCACUUUUUUUUUUUUUUGGGGUUCAAUGUGAGCCAUCGCUCUGUUGACUCUAAUACAUGCGCAGAGCAAGUAUCAACACAUAGUACAGUUGCUGCUGGAAUAAAACCUGGAAACAGAAUCCCACUUCAGGCUGUUUUUCUGCAGAUCUAUUUAAAGGAACACCAUCAACUGCCAAAAAUCGUAACUCAGUCUGAAUGUCUUUAACACGAAAUGGCUGUAGCUGGAGCAUAAGAGGGAUGAUAAAAUCUUCCAAAUGUUUUUGUGCAUUGGCAAUACUUGAUACACACUCACUUGAUAGAGGUUUCACAUGUGGUCACUUUCCCCUUGUUUAUGUGGAUCUUUCACACAGUGACAUGGGGGAAAAAUAGGAACAAGUGGAUAUAAAGCUACAAAUUGUCAGGAGACUUAAGUAGUUGCAGGUACUGCACCUGUCUCAACAAUUAAAGCGAUAUUCAAAAGGAAUGAAAGCUUUUUGUUACUACUAACUUUCUGUGAAUCUUCUUUUUGACAAAUUUUGAAAUGUUUUCUCUACUUUUUCUCAUCAGUUGACUUCCCAGUGGAGAAGUGAGAGAAAAUAUGGCAAGUGUGUGUUGUGUUUUUUUUUUCUCCCCAUCAAAGUAAAAAAUCAUUCAAAAAAGGAAACAUUUCAAAAUGAGAACUUUCCUAUAAAUCUUCAUUUGGUCAAAAAGCUGCUUUCCUUUCUUCAUGUGCAGCAAUAGGGAGGAAGUCUUUCAACCAGUUUUAUUUUUAAUUCACUUGAUUUACAUGCCCUCCUCUCCCUUUUCCAAAAGCAACCUACAUUUUGAUGGUGUCAAUUUAAGAAUAAAAUGUCAAUAAUUCCCUUAUUUCUUAGGAGUGAUCAAACAUCAUCGUUUAUAGUGUUCAGCUUUUCCUCUGUGCUUUACCCAUUCUCCCUAGGACAUGAUUAGUGUCUUUUAUAUAAGCUAAUAUGGAUCAUGCCUGUAGCUGUUAAGUUGCAGAUAUUGAUGCUUUUCUUCAAAAGGAAGUUGUGUUUUUAAUUUUUAUUUUCUUUGCAUAAAUUCAUAAAGGAAAGUAUUCUGUUAAUUGGAAUACGGGAUGUAACACAGCCUAAAUUAGGCUUCACAAUUUCUCUUUCUCCCAUCUGGAGGAAAUGACAAAGCUAGACCUACUGCCAUCCUUUUUCUCCACAUCUUAUAGGGAAGAUUGAGGAAGUAAGCAAGCUGUGGAGAUGUGAUUUGCUCUGGAGAGAGGGCUAUUAGCAUAGACAAAAAUCCCUAAAGCAUAUGUUUCAGGCUAUUGGAGCAGAGCUCAAGUCUUCAUUUAAGGAAACUCUUUUGUCCUUGUCAGUCUUAAAUCAUAGAAUGCUAGGACUGGAAGGGACGAUUUCAAUCUCUUGUAUGGAUCUCUCUUCCUCCUGUAAUUUGCUAAGUCGGUCUGAGCUCAGUCAAGGUUUGUGUAUUUGGACUUAAUUUGGUUCCUGGUGAAGUACAGCACACUUAAUUUAAAAAAAAAAGCCCUUUUCUGCUUUUUUUUAUGUAGAGAGACUUUCUCAAUGGUUUAAACAUAAAAUUGAAAAAAUUUAAACUAGGGAUAUCAGGUCCUCCUCUUUCUGCUUUCUUUUUGGCAAAAUCUGUGGGGACCCGAAUAGGGAUGUCACACCAUAUCUGUGUGUAUCUCCUGCUUUAAGGAUGAUUCUGAAAUCUGCAUAAAUUCCAGUUACAUCAGAUUACUGCUUUCUUGUCCCAUAACCUACAUUUCAAACGUGGCUCAAAUUUGUAGUAUAGAAUGGUUUUGCAUACGCUGGCUCAAAGUCCCAUCUAUAGAACACAUUUAGAAUCCUGUUCCUAAAUAGAUUAGCAAACAUCUACAUUUUAAAAGCUUAAGAGGGAUAGCUGAGUUAGUCUGUAACAGGAAAAACUUAAAAAA